AUGCUUAUCCAUGAGGACCUCAAGGAGAACUUUUACAAACGGAUUCUCGACUCUCAACAGGUAUUUUUUAUGGCCUUCAAAGUUUUGCAUUUUAGGUAACAAUGAAGAUGCGUUUUAAGCAAAAAGCCUUUAAUCCUUGCUAAAUUGAUUAAAGAUUUGUUUCAGAAUGUUAUUCUGGUGGCCAACCACGAUCUCGAUGCGCUCUGCACGUCGGUGAUACUUACAGUAAGCAGUGUUACGUUUAUUUUAUCUGAUUUUAGGACCUACUUGAACGAGACGAGGUAAUUUAUUCAUUAGUAAUCAUAAAAAAUUGGAGUGAGUUAGAAGAGACGUUAAAUGUAUUCCGACGGAGCUCACCUCUCUUUGUUCUCAUCAAUUGUGGAGGCUUCCGGUCACUUUUGGAUUAUAAUAUUGAGGGAGUAAGCUGGACGAGUCUAGUAUAACUGUUAUAUGUUAGUUAGAGAUUUUUGUCUUCGACUCCCAGCGACCGAUUGAUCUUGCCAAUGUUUUCGCCAAUCAGGUUGUCAAAGUCAUAUGUCGAACAGCGGAAAUUGAGAGUUGGAAUCUUCCGUCGGUGGAGUCUGUUGUCGAUAUGAAUGAAGACGAUUCAGAAGAUGAAGAAGAUGUUGAGAAUCGAGAAGUGUCUAGAGUAGCCUUGAGGUCGAUACGGAAACGGAACAAAGAACUGUGGGAGCAGACAAGGGAGCGAUUAAUUUGGGAAUAUACAGUCAAAAGUUAUGUGGAAUAUCCGGUGAGCAUGUAUUAUAUAAAAAGUUUGCCUUGGCGUUAAAUUUUUGGAUAAUUUGGAUCUUACUAGGGUUGUAUGGUCAUCCGAACCCGGUCGAAUAUAACAAAAUUAAUAUUAUUUUAGGUAUCACUUUCCAUUUUAUAACAAAAUAUUUUCAGAGUGCCGUUCUGAUGCUCCAACUGGCUCAUUCCUUGGGUAAGUCCAGCGCUGAGCUCAGUUGGUGCGCCUGUAUAGCCCUUACCCACUAUCACGUCGAGAAUUUUAUAUCCACGCAGACUUAUACGGGUAUUUGUGUGGAGGCCAUGCGGACAUUUACUCGCCUAUAUGCCCCCAGGACGCAUGUCAAAAACGAUUCUACCUUGAGGAUAUCUUUCAAUAAAGAGUGAGUUGGUUUGAUCUGCUUUGAUUUUGUUUUUAGGCUCUCCCUUCCCUUAUAUAGUCAUUGGACUCUGCAUCAGAGUGUUAUUCAUGACAUCAACUUUAUUUCAUCUUGUCGGUUAUGGACUCAACAAGGCGCACAUAAACUCAGAGAGACGUAUGCCAAGUUGGGGUUAGUUAUUUUUUAGAUGAUUUUUUUAUCAAACUUGUCUUACAAUAUGAUUUGACUCAUAUUGUUUGUAAUUUUAGUAUCCCUUUGAGCGAAGUGAAUGCCAAUUAUACCUCCAUAGCGACGGAUCGACGACAGGAGAUCUUUAACAUCAUGGAGAAGGAACUGACUGCCAUUGGAGCCCCGUUUGCCACCUUUUUCUCCCAUUUCGCCUUCUCCCGGGAUUAUAGUUCUGCGGAUUACGCAAGACUCACAGCCCUUCGAAUGGACAUAGGCCCGAAACAAGAUGACUUCAGGUCACGGUUCUUCGACACGAUGGAUUUCGUGAAGCGAACCAUCUGGCGACAUGGCGGCAAUUCAAAUGAAACCGAGCAGGCCCUUGUACAAUAUCAGAAAACCCUCGAGAGCAUCACCCAACUGGCAUAUGAUUGCAUGAGGCAGUCGUUAUUCCUAAAUACGAAUACUUUUUACGCGUUGUAUGUACCAGAAGUCCCGGAAUCAGAGUACUUGUUGAUCUCCAGCCACUGUCUCAACUUAUUCAUGAUGCUCGCUCUAAGGAUAUUCGCAUCGGUAAGUUUUUUUUUAUUAUUGACUUUUGACUUUAGAUACGAAGGAGUUAUCGAAUCAAGAAACCUUUGUUGGUGUCGAUACUGCCGAAAAAAUCGAUAACAGAUCAGCAGGCGGACCGAUAUUGUCUGGUCUCCGGGUUGAUGCCUUUGCAGUCCUAUAUGACAGAAACAGAACGACGGUCACUGAUUCCUCGCCUUUUCUCACAACUACACGAUGAUCAACAAUUACAAACAAAAUUUGAUGCUAUCAAUCCCCAUGGUAAUGUGUAUUAUAAUAUCAUUUUUUCUUAGGAUUUUGCUGAAAUUUGAUAAAUAGAAUUUGUGUCGUAUAGUGACGACGUUGAAGAUAAACUAAGAGGCUCAGAAAAGAAUUUUCACAAUUUUUUUUAUAUUAUACUUGGUAUUAGUCGACUAAUUUUGAUUAUUUUCAGUGAUUUACGUGAAAGAAUCGAACCGAGUCCACUUUUUCGAGAAGGUGGAGCAUCGAUUACUAUAG